AGGAAGUGUAGAGAGGGGGUUUCCAAAGCUGCAGAAGUUCAAAGAAGUGGGAAGGAAGAAUUGAAUGCUCGAAAAGCCACAGCACAGUGAGAAGAAUCUGGAGGAGAUCGUGGUUUCCACACCCCAGACUCCGACUCACAGUGCUCGGGCUAAAUUCCGGACAGAGAUUGUUACUAGUUCCCAGGCAUCGGCGGAGGAGGAUUUUGGGCGAGGGCCCUGGCUGGCCAUGAAAUCUGCUCUGGGCCUGGACGAGAGAGAUUCUACCUGCUUCCUCUGUACCUACAGCAUCAUCAUGGUGCUGCGGAAGGCAGCCCUGAAGCAGCUUCCCAGGAACAAGGUCCCCAACAUGGCAGUGAUGAUCAAGUCCCUGAGUCGGAGCACAAUGGACGCCAGCGUGGUUUUCAAGGACCCCACGGGAGAGAUGCAGGGCACGGUGCACAGGUUGCUGCUUGAGACCCGUCAGAGUGAGCUGAAGCCUGGCUCGGUGCUGCUGCUAAAGCAGGUUGGAGUGUUUUCUCCUUCGCUCCGAAAUCACUACCUCAACGUGACGCCCAACAACCUGGUCCAUAUUUACAGCCCAGAUUCCGGGGAUGGGAACUUCCUCAAGCCAUCUCAGCCCUUCCCCAAGAACCCAGGAAGCUUCCCUGGCAGCCUCCAUCAUGAGACUGCAAAAUCUGGAAAAGGCCUCAGAACAGCACGGAAUGCAGAGGCAGUGGCAUCCCCGGAGGAAGAACUCCCAGAAGCAGAUGACCUGGAUGGACUCCUGAGUGAGCUCCCUGAGGACUUCUUCUGUGGGACCAGCAGCUGGGACUGCCCCACGGCAAGGCCCCCACCGUGAGCAGCCAGCCUCUUGGCACCCAGAACUCGGCCCAAGGAUGGCCCUUCCGCUCUACUGUCCUCCAAGCCCUUGGACGCAGCUGUUGUUCCUUUUCCUCCUGCCAACAGGGAAGGUGUGUCCCCCUCCGGCCUCCCCUUGACGUUAGAGGACCCCGAUCCCUUUACUCCCUAUUCCCUGGACAGCUGAGUCGUCACACCACAGCCGUGGCGACCUGUCCCUCUGGUCAGGGGAGGAACACUCUCAGACUUCCCUCCGCUUUGUCUCGAGAGGCCUGCAGCUGCCCAGCUCACCUGUGCUCAGGUUCCCAGGUGUGGGGGCAGGGCUGGGGCUGCA